CACACACACACACGCUUUCUGUGUUGGGACUGUGAAUGACAAGCGGAACGAGAGCGGAAUUUCAAUGAUCGCAUUUCUCGCGUUAAUGCGGAAUGUGUGCAACUUUGCCCGCGAUGUGUGUUGAUCUGCCUGCGUGUGUUUGAGAGAGAGAGAGACACUCAGCAGUAUGAACAGCGGAUGGCGGAUGGAGCCGAUGCCCCAAAAGACAUGAGUGGUUUUGAACACGUCCUCUGAAAUUACUCGGAUGCGGCAACAUUUACAAGCUGGAGAUCGCUUUCGGAUGGGAAGAAAUGAUGCGGUUGUUGUUUGAGAUGUUUUUCAAGCUUCCAGGAGCGAGUCAUAAAAUCGGGCGCGAUUAAAUGUGGAGACCGAGACAAUCCCGCGUGUCCAGUGUCGCGAAAGUGUGAACGCGGACACAUUUAUCACUCAUUAUUAUUGACCAGAGGACUUGGUGACAAACAUUUCACGACUCUGUCGCUUUUAAAAGUGCGCACACUGAACGAUUUACGGAGGAAGACCGGGAACUCACCGAUCACACGCGAUCAUCUCACUCUGAGUAACAGGCUGGAAAAGGUCACAAAGCUUCCCCCGCGAUCCUGGACAUUUAUCAGCUACUUGUAAACCACGCUGCAGGAUUUUGGUGUGUGUGUGUGCGUGUGUGUGUGUGUGUCAGUCCGAUGAACAAGAGCUUCGCCGUCGAGCGCGCGCUGAGCCGGAGCGGAGCUGUCCACUACCGCGGGUUCUGACGCAGAGCUUCACCCGAUACUGACAAAGCACACACACGAACACAUACAGACACACACACACUACGGGUUGCCGAGACUGUGUGACUUCACAAGCCAUGCGCCCCCUGGCUAAAACUUGCUGCCCAAAUAGAGGUCUGUCAGCCUCCUGAACGCCCUCUCUCUUUAACGUAGAGGAUGCUGGGAAUGUGUCGUGGGCGCAGGAAGUUCCUGGCUGCCUCCUUCAUCCUGCUCUUUAUCCCAGCACUCACGUGGCUCUACUUGUCUGCUACUAAUUUCACAGUAAAGCCACUACCUCUGUCUCCACUGGAGCCUCAGUCCUCUACACUGGCCCUGGAACUGCGCGUAAGGGAGGUGGAAGAAGAAAACCGAGCACUCAGGAAAGAGCUGAGUCAUCCACCCAGGAGCCCCACCCACGGCAACCAGUAUGGCAGUAGACGCCAUGGCAACCAGUCCCAUGUUGGCAGAGAUGGUUCGAGGCAUGCUGACGCUCCGAGAGGCAUCUUACCAGGAAACAGCUCUGACUGUGUGUCUCAGCCUGUGGUGGACAAGUGUGAGACAAUUCAUAUGGCCAUAGUGUGUGCUGGGUAUAAUGCCAGUAGAGAUGUGGUGACACUGGUGAAAUCUGUCCUGUUCCACAGACGGAACCCGCUCCACUUCCACUUCAUUACCGAUUCCAUUGCCCAGCAAAUCCUGGCCUCCCUCUUCCAUACCUGGAUGGUGCCGGCUGUCCAAGUGGACUUUUAUGAUGCUGAUGAAUUGAAGUCUGAGGUGUCGUGGAUCCCCAACAAACAUUACUCUGGGAUUUAUGGCCUGAUGAAGCUGGUUCUGACUAAGACGCUGCCAUCAGACCUGCAGAAAGUCAUCGUUCUAGAUACCGACAUCACCUUCGCCACCGACAUCGCUGAGCUGUGGGCCGUCUUUCACAAGUUCAAAGGUCAGCAAGUGCUUGGGCUGGUAGAGAAUCAGAGUGACUGGUAUUUAGGGAACCUGUGGAAGAACCAUCGACCAUGGCCAGCUCUAGGCAGAGGUUUCAACACUGGUGUGAUUCUCCUGCUGUUAGAUCGUUUGAGGAAGCUCAGAUGGGAGCAGAUGUGGAGACUGACGGCAGAGAGAGAGCUGAUGAGCAUGCUGUCUACAUCACUAGCAGAUCAGGAUAUCUUCAAUGCUGUGAUCAAACAAAAUCCCUUCCUGGUGCACCAGCUCCCCUGUUUCUGGAAUGUUCAACUGUCUGAUCACACGCGCUCUGAGAAGUGCUACAGAGAUGUGUCUGACCUCAAGGUGAUCCACUGGAACUCUCCAAAGAAACUGCGGGUGAAGAACAAGCAUGUGGAGUUUUUCAGGAACCUUUAUCUGACCUUCCUGGAGUAUGAUGGCAACCUGCUGAGGAGGGAGCUCUUCGGCUGUCCGAGUGAAACUGACCACAAUAGUGAGAAUCUUCAGAAGACACUACUGGAGCUUGAUGAGGAUGACCCAUGUUACGAAUUUCGGAGAGAGCGUUUCACCGUUCAUCGUACUCACCUCUAUUUUCUGCACUAUGAGUACGAGCCCAGUGCAGACAAGACUGAUGUUACGCUUGUGGCCCAGCUCUCAAUGGACAGGCUGCAGAUGCUAGAGGCCAUCUGUAAACACUGGGAAGGACCGAUCAGUCUGGCUCUCUACCUGUCGGAUGCUGAGGCGCAGCAAUUCCUGCGCUAUGCUCAGGGUUCCGAGGUGCUCAUGAGCAGAAGCAAUGUGGGAUACCAUAUCGUCUAUAAAGAGGGCCAGUUCUACCCCGUCAACCUCCUGCGCAAUGUCGCUAUGAAACAAGUCAACACACCCUACAUGUUCCUGUCUGACAUUGACUUCCUGCCUAUGUAUGGACUCUACGAAUACCUCAGGAAAUCUGUAGUACAGUUGGACAUGGCACACACUAAAAAGGCUCUGGUGGUGCCUGCAUUUGAAACACUGCGAUACCGGCUGUCAUUUCCCAAAUCCAAGGCUGAGCUUCUGUCUCAGUUGGACAUGGGCACACUCUUCACCUUCAGGUACCAUGUAUGGACAAAAGGUCACGCUCCGACCAACUUUGCGAAAUGGCGGACGGCCACGACGCCGUACAGAGUGCAGUGGGAGGCCGACUUUGAGCCUUACGUGAUGGUGAGGAGGGAGAGUCCAGAAUAUGACCGCAGGUUUGUGGGAUUCGGCUGGAACAAAGUGGCUCACAUUAUGGAGCUGGAUGCACAGGAAUACGAGUUUGUGGUUCUCCCCAAUGCUUACAUGAUCCACAUGCCUCAUGCGCCAAGCUUUGACAUCACCAAGUUCCGCUCAAAUGAGCAGUACCGGGUUUGCCUCAAGACACUUAAAGAGGAAUUUCAGCAGAACAUGUCUCGCCGCUAUGGAUUCGCUGCGCUUAAAUACAUGACUGCGGAAAAUAACAGCUAACACCACAGAUAUACUGAAAUUCUGCAUGUAAGAUGGACAGAACUGCUUUAAAGUAUCAUAAAAUAAUGGCAGAAACACCAGUAGGUGAUGGACUCUUAAAAAUCUUUAAAACAUAGAGCGGCUGGUACGCUCAUAAAAAUGGGACAUUUAAAGGACAAUUAAAUUAAUUUUAUGUCUAUAAUUCCCAAUCCCUUUGGCUAGAUGGGUGUUUAUUCCUGUAUCUAACUUCAAACUGCAAAUUUGAAACUUUGAAAUGUAUAUUUUUUCUAGGUUUCUUCCUAUUUUUUGCCGCAGCACGAAUUAUGGUACAGUAUUAAUCGUAGCAACACAACUUCUAAAACAGUUUAGCUUUGUUUUACUUUUAAGAAGUCAUCUUUAAAAGGUUGUUUUAAAAGUUUUAAAUACACUGCUGUUUUUAAAAAAUAUUCACCUUAAUCUAUAAAUUAAUAUAUUCCAAGGUAUUAAAAGUGCAAUUAUGUAUAAUGAAUCUCAUAUGAACUAGACUGAGAUAGGUGAAAAGGUAUCAGCUCCAAAUAUAGAUAUGUUUAAAGCUAAAAGUAAAAAAAAAAAAAAGUUAAAUAUACACAUUGUUAGAGAACAAACAUACCAACUUUGGAUAGAUCACACAGUGCAUCAAAGACAGCAAAGGUUUAAACUGAACUUGAACUUGAAAGUGGAAAAAUUGUUCAUUAUUUAAUUAAAGAAGUCAGUGAAUAAGGUUCACUACAAAGCUAGUGCUUAUACAUGCAAGAAAUAGGACAGAAAAAGAGAGAUAUGUAUAUUUCUUUUGAUUGUUAAGAUUAUUCAAGAUUAUUGGAUCUUUUCUCCACAUUAUCAUGCUGUACUGUUGUAUACUAUAAUGAAAACAAUGUUAUGGCAUUAGCGAAGAGCUGCAAGCAGUUCCUCUCAGCCAGUUAAA